CGGAACCUCCAAUCUUUCUCGUUUCUCUGCAAAUACGAUGUUCAGAGAGCAAGAUUAAGGCGCUGGUCUUCAGUCUUCACUCUGUACUGUUACAAAUUCUAGCCCCCGAAAUCCAAGCUGAUUCAGGGAGAAGAAAAGGAAUGGGGAUACAAGGGCUUUUGCCUCUAUUGAAAUCAAUAAUGGUACCAAUCCAUAUCAAGGAUCUUGAGGGCUGUAGUGUGGCCAUUGAUACCUAUUCUUGGCUCCACAAAGGCGCCUUGUCUUGCAGUACUGAGCUCUGCAAAGGAUUACCCACCUCCAGGCACAUUGAGUAUUGCAUGCAUAGGGUAAAUUUGCUGCGACAUUAUGGUGUUAAACCUGUUCUUGUCUUUGAUGGGGGCCUUCUACCAAUGAAGAUUGAACAAGAGAACAAGCGUGCUAGGGCUAGGAAGGAAAAUCUUGCACGAGCCAUUGAGCAUGAGUCAUAUGGAAAUUCUGCUGCCGCUUAUGAGUGCUACCAAAAGGCAGUUGACAUUUCACCUUCAACUGCACAUGAACUAAUUGUGGUCCUGAAGCAGGAGAAUGUAUGUUUUGUUGUGGCUCCCUAUGAGGCUGAUGCGCAAAUGACUUUCUUGGCUGUCAGCAAGCAGGUUGAUGCAGUUAUCACUGAGGACUCUGAUCUUAUACCCUUUGGCUGUCCUAGAGUUAUCUUUAAAAUGGACAAGUUUGGGCAAGGUGUUGAGUUUAAGUCUUCCAUGCUACAGCAGAACAAGGAGCUAAGCUUUGCUGGAUUCACUAAACAGAUGCUGCUUGAGAUGUGCAUUCUGAGUGGUUGUGACUAUUUGCAGUCACUGUCAGGAAUGGGCCUAAAAAGGGCCCAUGCACUUAUGAAAAAGUUCAAAAGCUAUGACAAGGUGAUUAAGCACCUGAGGUACAGCUCUGUUUCCAUUCCCCCUCUUUAUGAAGAAUCAUUCAAGAAAGCAAUAUUUACCUUUCAGCACCAACGAGUCUAUGAUCCAAUCAUUGAAGAUGUUGUACAUUUAUCUGACAUAUCUGACAACAUUGGUGAUGAUUUGGACUUUUUAGGCCCAUCGAUACCCCAACAUAUAGCUCAAGGCAUAGCAAGAGGUGAUCUUGAUCCAUUUACGCAAAUGCCAUUUCAAGGUGUGAGCUAUAGUUCUCAGCUAGUGCUUGACAAAAAUUUACACCUCAAAAGUUUUAAACCAGAGAGUGAAAGGAAAAAGCUAGAUUUGCCUGUGCAGAAGAAUCUCCUGACAAACUAUUUCUGCUUUGCAUCUCUUGAAGCAAAAAGAACCUUCAGGGCCCCUCGGGUAUCACCUAAGCAUUCAACUCUGGUUGCUGAUUCUUCUAUCAGUCCUAAGGAACACAUUAUUGUGGAGGAUUCUUCUUGUGAAAUUGAUACCUUGUUGUUGCCUUCACCUGACUCUGCAAAUACUAACAACUCAGCAGAAAAUGGUUUUAAUUCCAAGCUUCCUGAGUAUUCAGAGUCUCCAAGCCCUGAUGAGAUGAGAAGCCCUGACCAUGCAUUGCCACUAGAAUCCAACCAGUCAAUACAUGGACCUUCUUCAGCUUCGCACAAGGAGCAUGAUUGUAGUAUUGUCCUAGAUGCAGUGAAAAGCAAAACAAUAACAGAGAGCAGAAAGGUCAUCGUAAAAAGUCGUUACUUUCAGAAUAAGCAACAUAACGAGAAUGAUCUGGAAGAUAAACAAGGAAAAUUUUGUAGCAAGGAUGGUAUUGCCAAUGACUUGCCUGAGAGUGGCAAUCCUGAUGGUUAUGGAAAUACCUAUUUUAAGGGAAUGACUUUAAAAAGGAAGAACUCCUCACUAGAAUGUGUUGAAACAGAAAAUGUGAAUCCCAAGCAAAUCUACAUGGGUGCAUCCCGUGAUGAUAAUGGUCAUUGCAACCCUAAACUUGAAACAUUUAUGGACACAAAAGCUGGAGAGGCAAAGUUUGGAUCUAACAUUUCACAUUUGGGCCGUUACUCUGACAUAGCGGAGAAAUCAAUGGAAAGAUUUGUUUCGGUAAUAUCAUCAUUUAGAUUUUCAUCACCUGGUUCGCGUGCUAGCGGUCUUCGAGCCCCUCUGAAAGAUGCUCGGAACACAUGUACCAAUAGGUCAUCUGCAUCUGUGGAUCUCAGCCAAUUUGCUUAUGUACCAAAAAACUAGAAGGCCACAUUAGCAUCACACAGAUUUUGAGUUUGGUAAUUUUUAGAAGUACAGAACUUGUUGUGCGCUCAGCAUUCACAUCUUCUGUUUCCAUGGCUGUUGAUGCUCUGAAGUCCAUUCAUCUGUUGAGAUUAAAUUCUGGUCUCAGGAGGCCCAUGAUUUGGGACUGCUGAGGACUUUAAUUGAAUUGCAGCCAGCACAUGUACUUUCUUUUUAAGAAAAGAUGUUAAGAGUGUACUAUUUUUUCUUCAUUUAUACAGAGCUCCUGAUUGAAGAAACUGCCAACAACAUUGGUUUUGUAAUUGUUAUUGUUCAUUAAACUUGCAUUAUGGGUUAAAAAAAUCUGUGGUCUAAAAUCUGAAUCUAGAAUAUUUUUGAGGGGGCAAUAUGAACAACAUAUUUUGUUUAUAGGAUGCUUUGUACUACAGAUGCUGAAAGAUCAAUGAUUUUGUAUGCAUUGAUUGUUGUUGACAUACUAUAGGAAAGAUUAUGAAGGGUUGUAGUGGCUUUUAAUCAUGAAAAUAACAUUAUCUGGUUCGAUCUCGAGGCUUA